UGUCUUAUAUGCAUGGCUUGUCUGUUUGCAAACAUUAAUAUUUACCGUCGUAUAUCUAGUCUAGAUUACAUGAAUACUGUAUGAAAGUUGUAAAACCGAAUAUGGAUAAAACGGGUGUUCGAGUACAUAAUAAAGGGAGAGGUUUAAUUGACGACGAAGUAUACCAACCGUGCGCAUGUCAAAAUCAUACAAAUAUAAAACAAUCGGAUUUGUUGUCUAUCAUUUGUGCUGUUAUAUGCACUUUUGCUUGCAUCGUUACAGUUUCAUGCUCUCUUUAUUGCAAUAAAGCUCAAACAGAUGUAAGAGAACAGUAUGAUAAUUCAGGACCGUUUGUAUAUGAAACUGCGCGAGUACCAUCUUCCCAUCGUGGAAAUGGUGUAAAACACGACAUUGGUAAAAAGGUAAAAGACAUGGAUACUUUCAAAACCAUUUUAGGCAGUGAUUUAAAAAAAGAAGAGCUAUUGCAACAUCUUGACAGCUAUAAUAGUAAUAAUGAAAGACUAACGUCAGAUGUAAAGGGGCAUAUCCGAAUAAGACGCGCAGAUGCAGAUCUUAAAACAUGUCGAAAAAAUUGUAAGGGUACGCGAAUUGAAAAGAGGAAUUGCAAACGAGAGUGCAAAAAGAAAUUUGGAACAGUUAAGCCAAGAAUAAUCACCAUUCCUACGCAAGUUAACUUACCGGCAGUUCAUUUCGAAGCGAAUACAGGUGACAGAAAAACGCAAACACUUGUUGGAGAUGUGUAUUCAGAAUUAAAAAAAUCCGAUGAAGGACCAUUACAGAUAUUCAAGCAAGCAGAUUGGGUCGACGCUUCUUCCCCUGUUGAAUUAAACAAAGAUUCUGUUGCCGUUGUAAAAUCGACUGGAAUAUUUCUUGUUUAUGCACAGGUUUUCAUAGGAGGCAGUGGAACAGAAAAAGCUAUUUCUGUGAUUCAUAAGAAAGGUGACAAACAAAUGAAUGACGAGUUGACGUGCUACACUGGAAGAUACACAGAAACAUAUCUUGAACAAACAUGCUCUGUGUUAGGUUUGAUGAAACUAGAACAGGGUGAUACUGUUGAAGUACAAAGAGGUGAUGCAACAAAGGAAAUUGAGAUAGAUAAAGACAAGACAUUCUUUGGAAUGGUGCAGCUUAGUGGCAUUGUUUUAAAGUAAAGUAGAGGAACAGAACAUCUCAGGCAGCUAUAUUAUUAAAGAUAUAUAUCCAAUGACAUCACUGUAAAUGUCAUUCGAUAUUUGUUAUUUUCUUGAUGAUUUUACAGAAUAUAGGUCAUACUUAUUUUUUAUAAUUUAGGACGUUUGAUAUUUUCUUGAUUGAGAGAAUAUAAAUAAUACUUAUUUUGAAGUCAUUUGUUUCAUACAUGUCAAAUAAAAGUAAUA